AUGAUGGUGAACAGCGGGGCAGGCUACCCUUACUACGAGCACUAUGGGGGGGCGCCACUCUUCCCGACCAUGAGUGUCAACGUGUCCAUGAACAUGACCAUGCAUGGAUGUCCACCAGAGCAGCUUUGUUCACAGGUACAAUGGAAUCAAAACGCUUCAACACCAUCAGUCAACGUCGUGUACCCUCAAACACAAAACGUCAUAUCCUCCUCAUCCUACCCUUCAGCCACGUACUCCUUCACGGCGGACUUCAGAGCCCCCAACCAAAGUGAUCCCCUCAUUACGGCUACUUCAACCUUUAAGCCUCUAUUGCAGAACCCUCAGAAACCAAACCCAAAUUACUCAAUUUUCCAACAGAAGCCCAACUUUCCUCAAAAACCAUUAGGACAAACUUUAAAAAGAUCUCCUUCUAAGUUGUAUAUGGAGACGCAGAAGGAACCGAAUAUAGGCAAUGGGUAUGUCUUGAAUCAUCAAGGUCAAGUGCAUCCUCAGGAAUAUGGAUAUCCUGCGUGUGUUAAUACGCCUGGUAAAGUACAGGUAGGAGCUCUAAGUGGUUGUUCGGAAGAUGAUGAACAGAAACCAAACCUGUGCCGUAUCUGUGGUAAAACUUAUGCAAGGCCAAGUACUUUGAAGACACACCUCCGAACGCAUUCGGGAGAACGUCCCUAUAGGUGUGGUGACUGCAACAAGAGCUUCUCCCAAGCUGCCAACUUAACCGCACAUGUGAGGACGCACACUGGCCAGAAACCGUUUAGGUUCUCCCAAUCGGGUAACUUGAACCGGCAUAUGAGAGUACACGGCAACAUGUCAGGCGGUAUGCUCGGCUGA